GCUAGCUUGUAAGAUCACAAGUUCACAACUGAGACCCCCACAACACAUAGCCAAGAAACACCAAGAGGUAGGGAAAUCUGAUCCGGUCAUGGCACCCAGCAGAGAGGCGUGUGCAGUCGCCAUGGCCAUGGCGGCGCCGUUCAUCGCGAUCGCAAGCAACAUCGACGCCGGCAACCUGGAGAAGCGGCGCAGGACCUCCUCCGACAAGCUCCAGCGCACUGUCUCGGAUGUCUCCUACGAGCUCCACAACCACCACGGCCGCGGCAAGGAGGAGGAGCAGGCCGUCCUAGAGGCGGAGAUGAAGCAGCUCCACCCGGUCCCGGAGGUGGAGGACGCCAAGUGCGAGUGCUGUGGCAUGUCAGAGGAGUGCACGCCGGAGUACAUCCGCGGCGUGCGAGGCCGCUUCUCGGGGCGGUGGGUCUGCGGGCUGUGCGCGGAGGCUGUGACGGAGGAGGCCGAGAAGAGCGGCACCUCGCAGGAGGAGGCGCUCCGGACGCACAUGAGCGUGUGCAAGAGGUUUAACGGCUUUGGGAGGACGCAUCCGGUGCUAUUCCAAGCGGAGGCCAUGAGGGAGAUCCUCAGGAAGCGGUCCAAGCUCGGGCCUAGGUCCAGGUCCAGCAUUAACCCCCGAGAAAUCAGGAAAAGCGCUGCCAAUGCGAAGGCCAAUGCUGCCGGCGGCGGCAUCGCGCGCAGCUCCAGCUGCAUGCCGUUCAUCACCGACGAAUUCAGCGACCGGGUGUCGAUCAACUAGACAGACAAGCUGUUAUUCGUUGGCUAACUAGACAAACUGAAGCCUACUUGACGCAUGUUUUCGCCAUGUUUUUGGGCUAGGGGUGCAUGCUUCACACGCCUGUCCUUAUGGUGUAUUUUUUCUGCUGCCCCAAGCUUAUCUAGAACCUUGAGCAGCGUUGCGGCCACUCAUGUAAUUCAGUGUUUCGGGGUGCAAGUCUAUCUUGGACUUGGUCGAUGGACAACCCUUAAUUUGGUUGUUUUUCGGUGUGGUUUAGCUUUUACCUGUUUUUGGGCGAGGCUUUUA